UCGAUAUUUGAUAACAUCUCCAGCUCCAACCAACUUAACAUAUUUCCUGUCUUUUGGAUUUCGGACGUCUUCUGAGGUCUAUCAAACUUUGGAAAUGGGUGCCUACCGGUAUAUGCAAGAGCUUUAUAGGAAAAAGCAGAGUGAUGUUAUGCGCUAUCUGCUCCGCAUUCGCGUUUGGCAAUACCGCCAGUUGACCAAACUACAUCGUUCACCACGACCCACACGUCCGGAUAAGGCGCGUCGUCUGGGUUACCGUGCAAAGCAGGGAUUCGUUAUAUACCGAAUUCGUGUACGUCGCGGUGGUCGCAAGCGUCCAGUUCCCAAAGGUUGUACUUAUGGCAAGCCAAAAAGCCAUGGUGUUAACCAACUGAAGCCUUAUCGUGGACUACAAUCCAUUGCUGAGGAACGUGUUGGCCGUAGACUUGGAGGUUUACGUGUGCUUAACUCUUACUGGGUGGCUCAGGACGCUUCAUACAAAUACUUUGAAGUUAUUUUGGUAGAUAUUCAUCAUAAUGCUAUUUGCCGUGAUCCGAAGAUUAACUGGAUAUGCAAGCAUGUGCACAAGCAUCGCGAGUUGCGUGGCUUGACUUCAGCUGGAAAGAGUUCUCGUGGCAUUGGCAAGGGCUACAGAUACUCGCAGACCAUCGGUGGAUCCAGACGUGCCGCAUGGAAACGUAAGAAUCGCGAGCACAUGCAUAGGAAGCGUUAAGCUCUAUAUUGUCAGUUUGAUGAAAAUAUAUAUUCAGAUUGCUUUCCAAA